AUGCUGACUCGAGGCCGAUAUGGGUUUUAUGGACCGAAUGUUGUCACUAGAUCCCGAGCAGCCCUUGGAGAUAUCAAAAACAAGGGUUUAGACCAUGGAAAGGAACACAGCACUCUGAAAAGCUUACUGAAACCAGUUGCACCAAUUUCAAGUAUACCUUUUUUGUGGGCGUUCACCUGCUUUUUAGAACAACGGGCAUGUGAUAUGAGCAUUGAUGAGGAAAACCUCAAAGUCAACCCAAUCGCAUCAAAGCAGUUGGAGGAACUGCGGGCGUUUCGUGAAGGACGUCGUGCUACUCGUUCUCACUUUUUAUCCACUGAUAACGGAUCCAAGUUUAUUGAUAUUGAGAAUCAAGAUUUUGGUGAUACGGCCACUGUUUAUCCAUAUGCCGAGAUCAUUUUUAACUACCUCCAAAAUCGCGAGCUUUCCAUGCAACCAUUGUAUACCUUCUGGUCAGUCGCGUUCACGCUUCUCAUCUUCGCAUUACAGAAACACGGCAGUGAACUAACGAAAGACUGUUUCCAACUAGUGGGUAUUGCUUCUCUCUUCAUAGCUGCCAAAUUCGAAGAGAUGUACCCUCCUGAUAUCAGUGAUUUCACUGCGGUAACUCACAACGCUUUCACGAAAGCAGACAUUCGAAAUUGCGAGCAAACUAUUCUGCAGUCGAUUGAUUUUUAUCUAUCUAUCCCGAUUCCCCUGGUACACCUGCGCCGAUUCUCAAGGGCUGUUGAUGCUGAUCGGACGAUGCACAACCUUGCCAAGUACCUAUUGGAGUUGACCAUUCAAGAGUAUGAUCUCGCUUAUCUUCCUGGAAAUUUGAGGGCUGCCGUGGCAUUGUGUCUUUCUCGCGCACUUUGCCAUCAGACGUCCAACCUUGAGGAGGCCUGGUGCGACGUUUUGGAGUACUUGAGUGGUUAUUGUCUAGACGACAUACGCGAACCCCUUCGGAUUCUGGCAAAAGCAGCAUAUCGUCAAAACUCUCCAUCCAAGUACAGGGUAAGCUGA